AUAGGUAAAUGACAUAGGAGAAUUAUUGCUUUUAAUUGCCAGAUAUAGAUGUUUUCAGACUUCAUACCAUGAUUGAUGCACCAAAUGGUAGGUAGAGGGUCAGUCCACUCUAACAUGAUAAAAGAUGAGGGGGUAGUGGGUGUAGCCUUACCCCCACACCAUGCAGUGAUCAUUCAAAACUUUAUAAAGCAACCCAACAUCACAGAGCUUUUCAGUUUCUACUUGGUGCUAGUUUCCAAAAAUUGUUGGGGAGAAACUUAUGUGAGUAACUUUCGAGUGUCUCGAGUGUAGGGAGAAUUGAUUUCUGAACAUAUAACUGAUUUAUAUAGCCAGUGGAAGCUAAAAGGGAGAACUUAUCAUCAACCCCACUGACCACUGUCUUCCCUCUAUCCAGAAUCCUCAAGACCAGUCAUUCUCACCCUCUUUCUUUUCUUCAAUCCUUAACUGGCUAGCAUUAGCAAUAGCACUCUAUCUCACAUGCCAUCCUAUUUUUCAGAGCUAGAAGAUAUGAAAGGAAUGAGAGGAACCUUUCUUAGAAAAUUUAAACUCAUCCCAACCAUAACCAACUUGAAACAAGGCCUUGUUCUUCAGCUCAACCCCCCAGAUAAUGUGUUCUGCAUCAAGAAAUCUCCAACACCACCAAUCCAUGAUGACCACAAACAAAGCAACAUGGCUGAGCUAGAGAUUAAUGCAAUUGAGGAUGAUAAGGACUUUGAGGAAAAAGAAUUCAGUCUCAGCAAUUUGUCAGAAGAGAAUUUGGUGGCUCCUAAUUUGUCAGAGACCAAGAUGGAGCCAAAUAGCAAACAGUUGCCAUGCAUCAAAGAACACCCAUCUCUCACAGAUUUUGAAGAGAUUUGUCCACCAGGAUCAGGAAGCAAUUCAAUCAUUCUCUACACAACAAGCUUGAGAGGGAUAAGAAAAACCUUUCAGGAUUGCAACACUAUCAGGUUCUUGUUGAGAAGCUUUAAGGUAAUAUACCAUGAAAGGGAUGUGUCUCUACACUUGGAAUACAGAGAGGAGCUGUGGAAGAUCUUGGGUGGCAGAUUGAUUCCCCCAAAGCUGUUUAUCAAGGGCAGGUACAUUGGAGGAGCUGAUGAAGUGGUUGGAUUGCAUGAGAUGGGUUGGCUUGGUAAGUUUUUGGAAGGAACAGAAAUUGAUUCUUCUGAGAGCUCCUGCAUUGGCUGUGCCAACAUGAGAUUUGCAAUUUGCUCUGCCUGUUCUGGCAGCUGCAAAGUCUUCACCAGCAAUGGUGACAACAGUGAUGAAUUGUUCCUCAGAUGUGCUGAGUGCAAUGAAAAUGGGUUGGUUAAAUGCCCCAUUUGCUGCUAGAAAUUGAUCUCACGGCAACUCUGGGUGAGUUUGUUUUGGUUUAUAUGUGCAUGUUUGAUCCAUGCUAGAAAACUACAAUGAAGCCCAAAUUAUAGUACACCGAUAUGUAAGUUAAGAAAAGUUCCUUUUGUGAAUGGUAAUUUCGGAUCAUUGUGGUUAUCCACCAUGUAACCAAAGAUGCAUUAUGUUCUUUUUUCAUUUUUAGCAGGUGCAUUAUUGUAAAUAGGCUUAAUCCAGUUUUUGGUCCCUAACCUUUGUCAUAAAUAUGGCUUUAGUCCCUCGCCAGAGUAAAGGUGGGAGUUGGUCCCCAGUUUUUGGCAAAAUGAUUGGUUUUGGUCCUUCCGGCCGGCUGGGUCAACGCCGGAGCUCCGGCAAUCCCAUGUGGCAUUGCCACAUCAUUUAAUGAGUCCACUUGGAUUUUUUCUCUUUUUCAUUUAAAAAAAUUAAAACUCUAAUUAUUAAAUUAGUUUACAACAUCAUGUUCAUUCAUUGCAUCUUCUUCAUCAUCAUUACUGUAUUAACAUCAUCUUCAACCCAUCAUCAUAAAAAAAAAAAAAAAAAAACCAACCAGAUGCAUAUUCAAAUAUCCAAAGUGAUUAAGACACCAAAAAUUUGGAAAUAAAAAACAUAAAAAUAAGAAUAUUAUGGCGCAUCAAUGAAAAUCAAAGCUUUCAUGAACAAAUUAAAGCUAUAAACUUUGAGAGCAUCAAAGUAUGCAAGAACGAUUACAAAGGAACACAUAAUAAGUUUCUUCAAAAAACCUAGUGUACAGAGUUAGAAAGUUGGGGUUCUGAAAUGGAAAUAAGGAGAGAGACCCGGAAGAACUAGUAUAUCAGUUCAGCAGCAUAAAGUAAGGAUAAACCGAUUAUGGCGUGUAAAAUGAAAUGAGAUUGGUUGAUUGCACGGGAGAAAAAGCCAACCCAGACCUGUAAAGAAAAAACCCAUAACUGGUCUACAACCUAUCUACAACCCAGAUUGGUUGAUUGCAGUGGAGAAACUCAGAUUCUACGGCGUUAUGCUCAACCCCACAUACAACCGAAACCCCAACCCUCCUUUCCCCAUCCCUACCCUCAGCCUUAACCUCAAUCCCAACCCCAAACUAGCACCAGAAAAUGGAGAAGAAAGAAAUAAACAACACAUGUUCUAAUUUGAGUGCAGAUCUAAAAAACUAAGUUUGGAUCUGAAAAUCUGGGUGCGGGUCUAAGUUCAUGGAAGAAGAAGAAGAAGAAGGAAAAGAGGGUUUGGCACGAUCUGAGCUCGCCAGGGAAGCGUGGACGAAGAGGCCGGCGACGCAGGAGAGGUGGCUACGGUUUCAGAGAAAAUAAGAAGAAGAAGAAGAAGAAGAAGAAGAAGAAGAAGAAGAAGAAGAAGAAGAAGAAGAAGAAGAAGAAGAAG